AUGGCCUUCAAGAAUUCCUUCCGUCUCCGAGAAAACGUUCAUAGAGCCAAAGCCUUCCUGCAGCGACCCCUACAAAAGGUAAACCGAGCUAUGAGCAAACUUCGUCCUCAAUCUGCUAGCUGCAGCUUCAACUAUGAGGGCUAUGAUGAGCACUACGACCUCAGCCAACCUCUCACUGCCUACUUUCGGUACGCCCCAGUUCGAGAGUGGCUCCCACCACUCCACAGCCGACGAGGAAUGGAAAUGACACCCAUCAUCAACUUUCCCUAUUCAUAUGAGGACGAUCUGUACAUCACUCUCUACCGAGAUUUCAUCCAUGCCAAUUUUGUGGUCUGCACUCCUACAAUGACCAGGGCUACAUCCAUCGGACAUUCUGAUAAGGGAACUAAUCUUCUGCUUCACCGCGCCUAG